GCUAGCAAACCGACGGGCCUUGCGGUGAGCAGCGAAAGCUUAGCGAGCGAGCAUCCGCAAAGCCCACAAAUUUGCUUAGCGGCCACCGGCCAGAGCGGUGGUGGGCGGGCUGUCCGCAGCCCCGCGCUCGCACGAUGCUCGAUCCCCAACUCCGGGGAUCCCCACGCUUCUCCCUCCCCCACCCCUUCUCCACCGUCAUUACCGCCGCUCACGGCCGCCGCCGCCGCGCGAAGCCCAAGCCCAUCGCAUUCCCUCCGCCGCCCCUCCGCCGCCUCGUCUCCUCCUCCCUGCGCCGCCUCCUGCCUCGGCCGCGCCCCCUCACUCUCCUCCUCGGCGGCGGCGGCGGCGGAUGGUUCAGGCUGGGUAGGAGGAGGAAUAUACCGGCCGAGGAGCUCGCCGCGCUCGCGCUCUCCUUGGCGCUCGGUGGCGACAGGCUCGCGGGGCUCGCGGAGGCCUGGAACGCGUCGGGCCUGGGCCAGGCGCUCGGCGUCUGGGCGGCGGUGUGGAGGAGAGGGCGGAGCAGGCGAGGAGGCGGGCUCCGGCGGCUCGCGGCGUUCCUGCUCGGGGUCGCGUUCUGCGCGCUCGUCUGCCGUCUGAGGGGCGCGGCGUUCUUGGAAGGGCUCCAGAAGACCGGCGGCGGCCGGAAACUAGUGCGGAUUCUGCUGCGUUGAUUGGUUUCUUGUUCGUCUUCUUGAGAUGCAUUUCCACAAAUUAGAAUCGAGCAUCAGAGUUUUAGGUUUCCUUCAUGCGGAUGGAUCGUGUUCUUGGGGUGUCGGUAUGAGAUGUAGAAUUGUAGCUACGAUUUGAUCGUUCCUAUUCGUCGAUUCGACUUGUUGCGGUUCUUGUUAUCUUCUCGGUUCCUGAGUUGCUGGUUGGAGUUUACUACAGGUGGUUUGUAGCUGCUUCUUCUUGCGACAGAGCUAGCUGCUGAAUGACGAAAUGACAG